AUGAUCAGCCAGAUGUACCCAUUCAAAAACGAUAUGCAGGAGAGUAUUGAAAAGUUUGCAGAGUACUUGCAGCAAGCAGAACCGCACUGCAGCCUUCUCGCAACUACUGGCACAGAAGACUACAAUUUCAUAUGCUCGGCUUGCAACACACUAAUGGCAAACAGACGGCUAGCAACACACUGCGCUCUCCUGUCUCCAGCCGAUAUAGGAUCCGGUAACGCGAAAAUUUCUGGGCAUUUGCUCGCUGGAGCCAUCUGCCACUGGAUAAUGCUCCCGUCGCAUCAUACCUCAAGCAGACUGCUGGGAGCCCCUGAUCCCUCUGGCUCUGCACCCC